AUGUCGUCGCAUUCAUGCUCUUUUGCCUCGGACAAUGUCUGGGGUCCAGCAGUGCAGCCUUGUCGCCGUUUAUUUGACUUCACUUUGCUUUUCGAGCAGUCGAUUUUCUCAAUUCUGCCCUCGUCCAUUUUCCUUCUACUCGCCUUCGGCAGGUACUACCAACUAUGGCAGCAACCUAACCUCGUGACUGGAUGGAUUUUAUUGGGGAUAAAAUUGACAUCAGCGAUAAUCUCUGCCUCCCUCCAGCUUGCUCUGUUGAUUCUAUAUUGCUUCGCGCCCGGGAACCGCACAAAUGUUUCGAUUGCUGCUACCGCAUUGAACGUAGUAGUAACGCUUACCUUGGCACCUCUCACCUAUGCAGAGCAUAGAAGGACCACACGCCCAUCAUUCCUGAUCAAUGGCUACUUCCUAUUGGUGCUCCUACUUGAUGGCACUCAGGUACGAUCUCUAUGGCUAGCCAAUGUAAAGGGAAGUAUCGCGGGGGUCUUUACGGCCACUUUCGUGAUGAAAGGAAUACAUAUUACUGCAGAAUCUUUCCCCAAAACAAGAUGGUUAGCUCAGGGGGGUGGUUCCAAGAGCAGUCCUGAGGACUUUGCUGGGAUAAUUUCCAAAACUUUCUUCCUCUGGAUCAACAGCCUUAUCAAGAUGGGCUAUGUGCGUGAACUCGGUUCGCGAGAUCUCUUCCCUAUGCCAGCAGGGUUCUCUUCGGUGACCCUGGAACAGGACUUGUGGACGGUUUGGGAAAAAGCGUCCAAGACUGGAAAGAAUGCUCUUUUAUUGUCCACAAUCAGCGCCUUGAAGAUCCGUCUUUUAAGCCCAAUCCUCCCAAGACUAUGUCUUAUCGCCUUGACACUCGUUCAACCUCUACUUUUGAUUCAGAUGGUCAACUACAUCAAGGCACCCGAUACACAAGACGAGCGGAAUAUCGGCUACGGCCUUCUUGGUGCUUAUGCAAUUGUUUAUAUAGGAGUUGCUGUAAGAUACCAAUUCUCUUAUAUAGCAACCCCUGACAUCGGAUUUCUAACUUGCUCCCAGAUGACUACCGCAUGGUACUGGCAUCAAACCUAUCGAUUCAUUACUUGUGUUCGAGGAGCAUUGGUGGCGGUCAUUUACCGCAAAACCCUCGAUCUUGACAUCUCGGGCUUAAACAAGUCUUCCGCCUUGACCAUCAUGAAUGCUGAUGUCGAGAGAAUCGUAGGUGGUCUACGGAUGAUGAACGAAAUCUGGGCGAAUUUCAUCCAGGUUGCCUUCGCAGCCUGGCUGCUGGAACGACAAGUCGGCGUCGCUGUUGUUCCUUCGCUUGGUAUUGCAUCUGUAUGUGCUGUCCUUACUAUGAAAUUUGGGGCAUCUGCUGGUCGCCAGCAGGAGGUUUGGAUGGAGAUGAUUGAAAAACGGGUUGGGAUAACCUCAAGCACCCUUUCUGCUAUGAAGGGUUUGAAGAUGUCUGGCCUGUCUGACAUAUUGAUGAAUCUGUUACAACAGUCGAGGGAGAAGGAGCUUAACGCAGCAGCAGGGUUCCGGUGGUGGGAAAUUGGCACAAUGAUGAUGGGCUUUACCCCCGUGAUGAUUUCACCUGUUCUCACCUUCGCAGUUUUCAUUGCGGUUGAUCACACACGCCACAUCACACUGGAUGCCGGUCGGAUGUUCUCAUCCCUGUCGCUGCUUACACUGAUCUCACAGCCAUUGAGCAUGCUAUUCCAGUCAGCGCCAGAAUUGGCCUCAAUGAUUGCUUGCUUCCAACGCAUCCAGAAAUUUCUACUCACAGAGCCGAGACCGGAUACGAGGAGAAUUGUAUCCUCCCCGACCACCAUUCCAGCGCUUGAGGAAAGCUCCGCGGGCGAAAAGAAUGGCCUUCCAGCAGCCGACUAUUCAUCCAGCACUGCCAUUUCUAUGAAUGGUGCGACUUUCACUUGGCCCGGCAAUACACGCCCGGUGCUUCAAAAUAUCAGCAUUUCCAUUCCACGGCAAAAGCUGACCAUGAUCUUUGGUCCCGUUGGUUGUGGCAAAACCACUUUACUUAACGCACUGCUCGGUGAGAUCUCGGUCUCGGAAGGCGAGGUUAUGGCAGCGACUGCCGAUUUUGCAUACUGUGAUCAAACAGCCUGGAUCAUGGAUGGAACUCUGAAGGACAAUAUUGUAGCAUUUUCGGACUUUGAUGAAAAGUGGUACCAGACUGUCCUACAUGCCUGUGCUCUUGACGAGGAUCUGCUCCAUUUCCGUGAUGGAAAUGACACAAAGUUAGGCGACCAGGGAGUGAAUCUGAGUGGUGGUCAGAAGCAGCGCGUGUCACUCGCACGAGCUAUUUUUGCAAGACGCGAAGUCAACAUUGUGGAUGAUGUUCUCAGUGGUCUUGACGCUACCACUGAAGCCAAGAUUCUCCAGCGCUUGCUAGGACCACAUGGGCUCUUACGGCAGAAUCCCAGCACUACAAUCUUGGCAACCCAUUCUGUACACCAUGCUUCGUAUGCCGAUCACAUAAUUUGCAUCGGAUCUGAUGGUCAAAUCGUGGAACAGGGAGCUUUCUCUGAUCUUUCUCAACACGACAGCUACCUAACGCGUACUAGUCCAUCCGAGGCUCAUAGCUCUGCCACAGAAAUUGAAAAGCAUGAAGUGUCGCCAACCACAGAUGACAAUUCAGAGACCGAUGAAAAGCUAAAAGUUGCUGUGUCCGAGACAGGGUCAAGUUCGACGGCAUCGGAGCCAAAGAAGACCACAAAUGUGAUCGUAUAUUAUAUGCUAUCCAUCGGGAAAUUCUCAUCUGUGGCUUAUGUGAUAAUUGCCGUUGCUUAUGCUUUCCUCUUCUGUUUCCCAUAUGUUUGGGCGAAGUGGUGGACUGAUUCAAAUGAGACACACCCUGGAUAUCAUCAAGCCAUAUACAUGGGGAUCUAUGCACUCUUUCAGGUUUCUUGUCUCCUCGUUCUAGGAGUUCUGGGAUGGCAUGCGGUCAUCAACGUUGUUUCAUCUGCCGGGCUAUCCCUUCAUUGGACUAUUCUACAAACAACAUUCCGGUUCAGCCAGGACAUGCAGCUUAUUGACUCGGAGCUACCCAUGUCCCUUUUGAAUAUAUUCUGCAGUAAGUGCAACCUGUUCCCUCAAUUCAUGAUCAUGUCACUAAAUUUACGACAAGGUGGCCUUAUCAUGCUUGGUCAAAUACUCCUGAUCAUGACUUCAUCGUACUGGGUGGCAAUCUCAUACCCUGUCAUAUUCGUGGUCAUGUUCGCGCUCCAGAAGGUGUACCUGCGCACAUCACGACAGCUUCGGAAGAUGGAUUUAGAGAGCAAAGCGCCUUUAUAUGCGCAGUUCAUGGAGUCUAUCGAAGGACUAGCUACUGUCCGCGCCUUUGGGUGGCAAGCAAACUUCAUUCGCCAGAACCACCAAAACUUGACGAAAUCGCAAAUACCGUUCUAUCUUUUGUUCUGUGUCCAGCGAUGGCUAGCAUUGGUUAUGGACUGUUUGGCUGCAGGAUUUGUUCUCCUUCUGAUCGGCCUUAUUCUUGGGUUGAAAGAUAAGAUCAGCGCUGGCUUCGCAGGCGUUGCUCUCUCCAACGUGAUGAGCUUGAGCGGCAUGCUGACCGAUAUUAUCAUGGUAUGGACCGAGUUUGAGACCUCCCUGACGUCGAUUGAGAGAGUCAGAGACUUCGAAGCGGAGACCCCGGUCGAGGCACUCUCUACGGAGACCAUGACCCCUCCUAGCAAUUGGCCGGAUCGGGGCCAUGUCGAAUUCAAGAAUCUCGCUGCCACGUACAAAAACGGUACCGUCACGGCCCUUCGCAACAUUACCUUGGAUAUCAAGCCAGGCGAGAAGAUCGGAGUAUGCGGUCGGACCGGAAGAAUAUCAAGACUAACUCCGGCUCUCAAUGCUAGCGGUAAAUCCUCGUUGAUGAUGGCAUUAUUCAAAAUGGUCGAUUUGGCUGAAGGGAGUAUUGUCAUUGACGACAUCGACACGUCGACUAUCCCGGCCAAUACUGUACGCACGGCAAUGAAUGCAAUCCCGCAAGAACCAUGCUUCUUACCAGGAUCUGUCCGAGAGAACAUGGACCCUCAUGGGGUGUCAGACGAUGAGAGUAUCCUCCGCGCGCUCUCCUCUGUUCAACUGUCAGACAUAAUCCAAGAGAAAGGAGGUCUCGACGCGGAGAUGGAGCAGGUCAAUUUGUCUCAUGGACAAAAGCAGUUGUUUUGCUUGGGCAGAGCGACACUCAAGCAAUGCAAGAUAGUGGUGCUUGACGAAGCCACAAGCAACAUUGAUGUCACUACGGACCGUCUAAUCCAGAAGGUUAUUCGAGAAAACUUCAAGGAGUGCACGGUGAUCACUAUUGCCCAUCGACUUGAUACCAUCUUAGAUAGUGAUCGGAUUCUUCUGCUACACUAUGGAGAGAUUGUCGAAUUCGACACGCCUUCCAGCCUUCUUGGUCGGGGCUCGAGAUUCAAGGCUUUCUAUGAUGCGGAUGGCAGCCAAUAAGUAUAUGAGAACAGUUCGGUAGUUCAGCAUUACACUUGGGUGAAUAAAGCAACCAUUUGGGCGACCUAAAAUGACAUUGUGUCCCGUCAUGACU